AUGAGCGGCGGUCGAUUGUGCAGAUUGCUGGGCGAAUUGGGGUACCGAGGUGCUGAGUCUUUGGACCCUGACAGCUUCGAAUGGCCCUUCCAAUACGAUGACGCUCGCCCCAUUCUGGAAUGGAUCUGCUCCAGCCUCCGCCCUUCCAAUGUCCUCUCCCUCGCCGAGCUCUCCCAGUAUGAGCAGUUUCUGCAAGAAGGGAAGUUAUUGGAGGGGGGUGACUUGGACUCGGCUUAUGAUAGUAUUUCAGCAUUUUCUUCUAGCCGAGACAACCAGGAGGCAGUUUUUGGGGCUGAAGAAAGUUUAAAAGAUAUAAGGGAUGCGACUUUGGCAUAUAAGACUGAAGCUCUGGAGUUGCAGAGCCAGCUCAGCCAUCUGCAGUCUCAAUUCAAAAUGCUUACUGGCCAAGCAUCAACGUUGGUACAAGGAAGGCGUGCUCGAGUUGCUGCAACAUCUGCAGUUAAUGGACACCUUACAACGAUAGAUGACAGUUUGUCAGCCAGAAACUUGCGCAUGAAUGAAGUGCUUGAAAGGAUUGCUUCUGCAGCAGAGGAGUUGGCUAAUUACCAUUCUGGGGAUGAGGAUGGCAUUUACUUGGCUUACUCGGAUUUCAACCCGUACUUGCUUGGAGAUUCUUCUUACAUGAGGGAGAUAAAUCAGUGGUUUUCUAAACAACUGGACACGGGUCCUUUCAGACUAGUUGCAGAGGAAGGAAAAUCAAAAUGCUCUUGGGUCAGUCUUGAUGACGUAUCAAAUGUUAUAGUAAGAGAUAUAGAAAUAUCACAUCAGCAGCGAGUAUCUGAACUGCAGAGACUUCGAUCUAUAUUUGGAACAAGUGAGAGACAAUGGGUUGAAGCCCAGGUUGAGAAUGCAAAGCAGCAAGCUAUUCUUGUGGCUUUGAAAUCUCAGGUUGCAUCUGAUGAAGCACACAUCCAUCUUGAUCUUCAUUCUCUCAGGAGGAAGCAUUCAGAACUGGUCACAGAACUCUCAAGCCUUCAUCAAAAGGAAGAAAAAUUACUGUCUGAGGCAAUUCCAGAACUGUGUUGGGAGCUGGCUCAGCUCCAAGAUACAUAUAUUCUACAAGGUGACUAUGAUUUAAAGGUCAUGCGACAAGAGCACUACAUUACAAGGCAGAAACUGUUUAUUACUCAUCUCAUAAAUCAGCUAGCAAGGCAUCAGUUCCUAAAGUUAGCCUGUCAGUUCGAAAAGAAGAACAUGCUUGGAGCAUAUUCACUACUUAAAGUUAUUGAGUCAGAACUGAAAGGUUAUCUGUCAGCGACCCAGGGCCGAGUGGGUCGUUACUUGGCACUGAUUCAAGCUGCAUCUGAUGUUCAAGAACAAGGCGCAGUAGAUGACCGAGAUGCACUUCUGCACGGUAUCAGGGACCUUCUAAGCAUUCAUUCUAAUGCUCAAGCUGGAUUGUCGGCAUAUGUAUCAGCUCCUGGUAUUGUGCAACAAAUUUCUGCUCUUCAGUCAGAUUUGACGUCGCUGCAGUCUGAUCUUGAUAAUUCACUCCCAGAAGACAGAAAUAGAUGCAUCAAUGAGCUGUGCACGCUAAUACAAAGUAUGCAGCAGCUGUUGUUUGCAUCUUCAACUACUGCACAGCCGAUUCUUACUCCUCGAGCAUUGAUGAAGGAGCUUGAUGACAUGGGGAAGACCAAUGCUGAUCUAGCUGCUGCAGUUGAAGAAGUUACACUUGAACACUGCAAGAAGAACGAGAUAGUGAAGCAUCAUUCACAAGAAGUGGGGAUUCAGAGGCAAGUGUUUGUGGACUUCUUCUGCAAUCCUGAUCGUCUGAGGGAAAGAGUCCGAGAUCUAACCGUCCGUUUCAGAGCAAUGCAAGUAACUUAA